AUGGGUCAGUCACAGUUAUCCCGUGACUCUCAAAAUAAUCAAUCGGAUAAUGACUAUUACCAACCCAAUAAUAAUACUAACAACAACAAUAACCCUGAACAACAAGAUGAUAAUGUGAGCAUUACUUCAGACAAUUCACAACAACAACAACACGACGACAAUAUCAAACAAAUUAAUAGACUAUACGGAUGGAGCAUGAUUGAAUCAAUGAAUUCCUCUCAUCACUCUCUCACACCCAGAAAUAACAACAAUAACACAACACGACUUCGAUAUUUGCAAAACAAUAAUCAACAGCAACAGCAGCAACAAUUCCCGCCAACCACUACAACAACCACUUCUAAAAACCAGACAAGUCCAAGAUUUGGCGCCAAAAAACAAUCACACUCAUCUGAUAAUUUGGAAGCAGGCAAAGAAAAAGAGAGGCGAGGAGUGGGCAGUGUCUAUGAUGGUAUUUCUGGUGUUGAAUUUGAUAGUGUGGAAGAGCAGGAGAGACAACGAGAAUUGGAGGAAUUGUUAGCCUCAUCGGCAUCAACAACUUCAUCAAUUUUGAAUGAAAAUGAUAUAACAAUGAUGAAUAAUAACAAUAAUUUGAAUAAUGAUAAUAGUAAUAAUAAUAGAGUGAGACGUUCGAUGGCAAUUCAUACCGGAAAACAUUAUUCGAUUAGUUUGGGAAAUGCCAUUCAUGAAAGAUUACAAAAAGAAUUGAAAAAUCAUGAUGAAGCACAGAAUAAUGAAAAGGGGUUUUCAGCUCCGAUUGGAAAUGAAAAUUCAAUAGAUAAUUACUAUAGGGAAAGAUCGGCUGAAAGAGGAUCAACGAGAAUGCAUCACCGUCGUUCUUCAUCGAUAGAUUCGAAUAUUUCCAAUAUGAUCAAUAAUGAAAUGUUAAGUGUAAAUAAUCAGAUAACAACUCUCUCACCACCAAAUCAACCUUCCGAAUUGAUUGCAGGAUCCCUCGUUCAUGAAAUGACUUUUAUUGAAGAGGAGUUGGAUCCUGUGGAAAAGGCAUCAUGGAAUGAAAAACAUAGAGAUAUUGCCGAGUUGUGGAAUUCAAUUCCAAAAUCAUAUCAUGCUGGUAUUAAUAGAGUUUACAACAAACUAAAAAUUAGAUUCAAGAAUGAUAUUGAUGUUUCUGAUUAUCAGAUCAGACAAAUGGCAAUUGAUUUGGGUUUUCCAAACUUUUUGUACGAAUACAUGUUCAGCAAACUCGAGAGAACAGUGUUUAGUUUACUGCACGACGAAUACAUUUUAAAGAAGAAAAAGAAUAAGAAUAGAAGAAAUCUACCAAAGAGACCUUCCUCUUCAGCAACAAAGAAUGAAUAUAUCACCACAAAAAAUGUCACACCUGACAUUCCAAAUGUGACAGCUGUCUUACAGAGUCAUGUUGUGGAAUUCAAGACAUUACCUUCUUCACCAGCUCUGCCAAGAACAGAAUUAUUGAAUCGUUUAUUCAAUGAUGAAGACGUUCAUAGACAAGAGCCAAAUAGACUUUUAUCAUCCUUUGACGAGUAUAUCAAUAUCAAUCAAGACAUGGUAUUUGAGAAGGGUUUAAAGAUUAAAUUAAUCAUUACUGAAGUGGGUAAGAGUCCUGGUAGAAUUAGAACUGCUGCUUCUCCGAUUAUUAGUAGACUGAAAGUUUUUGAUCAAUUUGGAUGGUUCCACACCAGUUUUUCAAUUGGAAAUCUUCGUUUUGAUUGGACAAAUAGUGGAUACUGUGCUGUAACAACUGUCAAGUCAGCAACUUCAUUGUUGGCCAUAACAGUGAAGGAAAUUAGCACACUUCGUGAAUUGGAGAGCAUCAUUAAACUACUUUCCAUUGAAAUUUCUCGUUGGAAUAGAAACUUUUCAUACACCAAUUUGAAGGGAAAUAUUUCCAAAGAGACAGGAAGUUGCCAAACAUUCACUGUUGAAAUGAUGAAGAUAAUGGGAGUUUCGGAUUUAUCCUUUGCAGGAAAUAAUAGUAUUCACAACUUUUUACAGGACUUGCUCACAAAGGGUGAUCCAAUAACCAAGUUCUCCAUGAAUGAAGAAUUUAAAAAGAAGUAUACUGACUUGAUUGAUACCAAGAUUGAGCAGUGCAAAGCUGUCACUGUAGUAUCAUCUCGUGAGCUGUUACUCGCCCAAAAUUCUGUAGCCGAAUCUUCCACAACAUCAGACGAGGAUGUUCUAGGUCAAGCAUUCGCUCAACAACAACAAGCCCACUUUGAAAUUAAGAAACAACAAAGUGCCAAAGUUAAGAGAUGGGAACACUUUAAAUCUCAAUACUUUACAAGCAACAAGAAGCACAUUAUUUUUAACAGUCAUAGAGAAUUGGAUUAUUUUGUACUUUACUUGAAAGAACUCGAUGAAAAGUUCAAUGAAACUCAAGAAUGUGGAUUAUUGAAUGCAUUUGACAGAGGUUACUGGUUAAGAUACUCGAGUGCAGUCUCUGUCAUGCAAAGAAUUCAACAACGUAAAAAACAACGAGAAAAUGCAAGAUCAAAACUAGGUUUUUCAGAUCCAUUAAAACUUUCAAAAGAGGAACAAGAGGAAUACAUUCGAGUUAAAAGAGAUUUGGAAAUUUGUCAACCACUCAUAGAAGACGAUCAAUUCAAAUGCGCAUUUGGAGAUCCUUCUCAGAGUCGUUCUCUUUUCAUAGCAAAUACCAAACGAGAAGAUGUACUCACCAUUCAAAAGGACUUGCAAGUGGGUUCCCUAAAGUUAUAAGAGGUAUUUAGAUCAUCAUUUCAAUAUUUCAAAUCAAUUGAAGUGUUUACAAUAUGCGCACUUCAAUUUACAAACCAAUAAAAAAUGGAAUCAUUACAUCUU